GUGCCCUAUGUUUUAAGUAGGUAAGGUGGUUGGCGUUGACCAGUGUAGCUAUCAAUUGGACAAAACAGAGAAGAAGUCGAAAUCAAGAACCAAAAAAGUACAAACACACAGAGAGAGAGAAUUAGAGGUCAAUGAUGAAUGGAACAUGCUUAUCAGCUCAAUCGUCAAAGCUAAACGAGCUUAAUAUUCAAACUUUGAAUGGAAUUCAACAGCUUGCUGAAACUCGUCAAUUCAAGGCGUGGUUUCUUGAUCAGUUUGGAGUACUUCAUGAUGGGAAACAACCUUAUCCUGGUGCCAUUUCGACGUUGGAAAAGUUGGCAAGUUAUGGUGCAAAAAUGGUAAUCAUUAGUAAUUCUUCAAGAAGAGCAUCUACAACCCUGGAAAAAUUGAAGAGCCUUGGAUUUGAUACAUCACUCUUUGUUGGUGUUAUUACCAGUGGAGAAUUAACACAUCAGUAUCUUCUAAGGAGAGACGACGAAUGGUUUGCCUCUUUAGGAAGAUCAUGCAUUCACAUGACUUGGAGCGACAAGGGUGCUAUCUCUCUCGAGGGCCUCGGACUAGAAGUAGUGGAAAAUGUUCAGGAAGCCAAAUUUAUUUUGGUUCACGGAACUGAUGCUUUGGGCCUUUCUUCUGGUGACACACUUCCAAUGAAUCUUGAUGACCUUGAGAAGAUACUGGAGCAAUGUGCUUCUAAGAAAAUUCCAAUGGUGGUAGCAAAUCCUGAUUAUGUAACUAUAGAGCCUGGAAAUCUACGUGCUAUGCCCGGAACAUUGGCAGCCACAUAUGAAAAACUUGGAGGUGAAGUAAAAUGGAUGGGUAAACCACAUAAGAUAAUAUACAAGUCAGCUAUGGAUAUGGCUGCUGCUGUGGAUGCCUCGGAUUGUAUUGGAGUAGGAGAUUCCUUGCACCAUGAUAUCAAAGGCGCAAAUGCAGCUGGAAUUGCAUCUCUAUUUAUCACAUCAUGUGGAGUUCAUGCUACUGAACUCGAACUUAGUAAAUUUGGAGAAGUUGCAAAUGAUAAUUCUGUACGUGCUCUUGCCCUGAAAUAUGAUGCAUAUCCUACACAUGUUCUCCCUUCAUUUACAUGGUGAAUUUAAAAAGCAGGGGCUUAGAAUUAUGUCCCUCUUCAAGUCUUUCAGGCUGUUUGGAUGGUUGUUACCUAUUGUAUUGUUAAUUCAAAUUCAAUAUUUGUUUGACUGUUACAUA